UGUUGUGGGGUCAUUGUGAAAAGCAAACGUUCUUCUCAGAACAGCAACGUGUUGGUACUGGACCGCUAAUAGAAGAUAAACCUGUGGAGAUGUUACAUUACACUGAAACCAUGUCUGGCUCAGGCUUAUGGCAUCGUGUGGAAAGCGAUUGAUCGCAGGACAGGAGAAACGGUUGCUAUUAAGAAGAUUUUUGAUGCUUUCAGGAACAGAACGGAUGCUCAGAGAACUUUUCGGGAGAUUAUGUUCUUGCAGGAGUUUGGAGAACAUCCAAAUAUAAUUAAGCUCCAUGAUGUAAUUCGAGCUCAGAAUGACAAGGACAUCUACCUCAUCUUUGAGUCCAUGGAGACAGAUUUACAUGCAGUCAUUAAGAAGGGGAAUUUACUGAAAGACAUCCACAAGUGUUACAUUAUCUACCAGCUCUUGAAGGCCACUAAAUUCAUCCACUCGGGAAAUGUUAUUCACAGGGAUCAGAAGCCUUCAAAUAUCCUCCUGGAUGCAGACUGCUUUGUUAAACUGUGUGAUUUUGGGCUGGCUCGUUCUCUGUGUCAGAUGAACGAGGACCAGGGCAACCCUGCACUGACAGAGUAUGUGGCAACACGCUGGUACCGAGCCCCUGAGAUCUUACUUUCCUCUCAGAGCUACACAAAAGGAGUGGAUAUGUGGAGCAUCGGCUGUAUUCUGGGGGAGCUGCUACUUGGAAAACCUCUUUUUCCUGGAACGUCAACUGUGAAUCAAAUAGAGCACAUCUUGAGAGUCCUCCCUGCCCCAUCUGCAGAAGAUAUUUUGGCUAUGCAGUCAGAUUACAGGGCCUCAGUUAUCAACCGCUUGAGCUCCGGGCAAAGAGUAACAUUUGAGGAGAUUUUGCCAUCUUCUACUCCACUACAUGCCUUGGAUCUUCUGAAAAAACUCUUAGUAUUUAACCCUGAUAAACGGCUAACAGCAGAGGAGGCACUUCAGCAUCCUUAUGUGAAAAGGUUUCACUGUCCUGCCAGAGAACCCUCUCUGGAUUAUGAUGUGAUUCUUCCUUUAGAUGAUGAUAUCCAGCUCUCUGUCGCAGAGUAUCGAAAUAAAUUAUAUGAGAUGAUCCUUGAAAAGAAAGUCAACAGCUAUCCAAAGGAGCUAAUGCCAAGGGAAAACAUUCAGCAGAGUCAGUCUCAAUCCAGGUCACUUCUUCCACAUACUCAUUCUGUAACUUCACCUCCCAAGAAAGGGCAGAGAGAACCAAGAUCACCUGUUCUAAGAAAAGCACAUAUGCAUGCUGCAACCACAACUAGCAUGCACACAGAAGUAUCCAACCAGAGUGAAGAUCUAGCCAGAACUUCAUGUCAGAGACCAAGGACCAACGUGAUAUACAAUCCCAUAACACACACCAUUGUUCAAAGUAAUGGAAAUUCCCGUCCUGUGGUCAGGAACCAUUCUGCACCACCUCCUCAGCUGGAGAGAACCUCUCACAAUGGGAAACUGGGGAGACAAGUCACAUGGGCACAUGCAAAUGCUCGGCCACCUCCAGUUAUUCAGAAUAUUUAUAAUAAUCCCAGAAAUGAUCAGUUUCACAGCAAAGAUGUCUGUCCCUUUCUGAAGUCCAGUAAAAAGAUGUUCCAGAUUACUGCAAAUAUGGGAGCUGCUGGAGAUCCAAAAGCAUCGAUGGGCAGUUACUCCCAGGCCUAUGGAACCAUAUGUAAAUCUGCAUUGCAGAGUCUUCCAAUAUCAAAUUCUUCCCAAGYGCAUGAAUAGUGAAUAUAUUUAGGAGCUCUAAUCUGAUGAAAUGCAGCUUGUCUCAUCAAUCCCCUAGCUCUGCUGGUGACAGCAAAUGAAAAUAUAAGAGGCAUUUGACAGAUAAUCCAGCUGAAGAGAAUAUUUUUUAUUCAUUUCAUUCAUCACGUGGAAGAGGGCGCCAUUUCCUCUGAGCAAAGCAACACAGACAACAGGCUAAUUCCCUUGCCGUCCAGUYUUCCAAGACAUGGUCCAAGACAGCACUGUUUGCUCAGAGCAUGAGAACAAGGACCACUCUCUGGUUUUAGCCCUUAUUUGUAUUAUUUCAGAAAAAUGCAGCUGCAAUUUUCUGAUGUUUGACUGUCUUCAGAGAUAUUCACACUUCUUUUUAAGCUUCACAUGCACUGCCUAAAUGUCAGUGUGUUUGGGUUUUUUUAAUUUUUUUUUGACUAUAACAACUAUCAGUUUUUCUCUGAAAACCAGGAAGGCUGCACUCUGUAUGGAUAAUCCUAAAGCCCUUCAUUUUAUUUUCCACUAACUUCUGUACCACUCUUUGGGGGUAAAUUAAUAAAAUUAAUGGGGAGCUUGUCUUUGUUAUAAUUAAGUGGAUGGGUUCUGCUACUCUAUUUAAUACCUUACG